AGGAAGGGGAGGGGGGACCUUCUCGGCGAGGAUGCCCGGAGCGGCUGCAGGGACGGCGGCGACAGGAGCAGGCUCGUCAGGAGCAGCAGCAGCGGGGAUGCUCCCAGCUCAGGAGGCGGCCAAGAUCUACCACACCAACUACGUGCGGAACUCGCGGGCCAUCGGCGUGCUCUGGGCCAUCUUCACCAUCUGCUUUGCCAUCGUCAACGUGGUGUGCUUCAUCCAGCCGUACUGGAUCGGGGACGGCGUGGACACCCCGCAGGCGGGCUACUUCGGGCUCUUCCACUACUGCAUCGGCAACGGCUUCAGCCGGGAACUCACCUGCCGGGGCAGCUUCACGGACUUCUCCAGCCUGCCCUCGGGAGCCUUCAAAGCUGCGUCCUUCUUCAUCGGGCUCUCGAUGAUGCUCAUCAUCGCCUGCAUCGUCUGCUUCAUCCUCUUCUUCUUCUGCAACACAGCCACCGUCUACAAGAUCUGUGCCUGGAUGCAGCUGACUUCGGCUGCCUGUCUCGUCCUGGGUUGUAUGAUUUUUCCUGAUGGCUGGGAUUCAGAUGAGGUAAAACGGAUGUGUGGUGAAAAGACAGACAAGUACACGCUGGGGGCUUGUUCAGUCCGCUGGGCAUAUAUCCUGGCAAUUAUUGGAAUCUUGGAUGCCCUGAUCCUCUCAUUUCUGGCAUUUGUGCUUGGAAACAGACAAGACAGCUUGCUAGCAGAGGAGCUCAAGUUGGAAAACAAAGAUGAUGGAAAUGCUUAAAACAAGUUAAGGUAGUAUGACACAGACUAACUCCUACUAAGCCAAUCCUCACUAGAAUGAGCACAAAACAAAACGAAUAACAGCUUUUGUACAUCAACAUUAAAAUGGGAAGAAGCUUGGGAAAGCCUCUGACAGAGAAGAAUGCUGACGAGUGCAAAAAUGCCUGAUGGAUAAGCACCACCUUCUAAACAUAGAUCAGCCAGACGUGGAAGUGAUUUUCAGAAGAGAAAUGCAAUCAUGGAUUACACACCAGCUCAUUAGAAACUGUUGCUGAAUACAGCAUCCAGAAGACAUGCAUGAAAAGUCAUACUUGGGGAAUAAAUUAAAAGGGGUGUAGUUGUUGCUAGAUAAACAUAUGUAAUAUAUAUGCAUUGAAGAGAUUUGUAAAUGUCAUUUUUUUUAUUCGGACAGAAAGCAAAAAGCUUUAAAACCUUUCACAGUAGAGAGGCAGUUAACUCCAGACUAUUCCUAUCCCAGUAGCCAAGAAGCUGAUAAGACAUCUCUCUUUAAUUAGCAUUUAUAGACUCUGAAUGUUUCCAUCACCUAGUGGAAAAAAGCAUAACUUUUACUGCUACAUUGCUGCACUUCAUUUACUUCACUGUAUAAUAAGUUGACUAAAACUGUAAAGCUUCUCAAUUUUUACUGCAUAUGUGUUCCAAUUAAUCUGUCUGUAACAAACUUAAGACUCAAAAAUUAUUUCUGACCUAUAUUCUAGUUCUAUGAAGCAUAUAUACUAUAAGGUAUGUCUGACUGAAUAUCAUAAUACUAUAAUUUCCCAAGAUGCAUAGAAUUGUUUGCAUUUGAAGUGACAAAAUAAAGGCCCUUGAUUUCCUUUUUAAUAGGAAAAAAUAAUUUACCCCUUAAAUGUAACAAACAGUUGUUCAUUCCAGGGGCAUUUCUGUUGUUCUCUUUGUUCUGCCAUGUAGCUGCUGAGUGAUGCUCUCCGGCCUGUGCUAACACCAAUCGGAUGAGAUGAUCUAGUGAUUCCCUGCACAGGGGCUCAGCGGGUCCCAAAGGACACUCUCACUUCCAGAAGCCACUGAGAAGUAAACCAGGAGUAGGCACAGAGUAUGAGGAAAGAACUUAUAGCAAAAUGCCAAGCUCCAGGCACAGAGCAACAGAGAGAAGCAGAGAGCCCCUCUCCUCUGCUCCUCUCCAGCUCCUCCUAGCAAGGCACACAUCUAUCCUGGCUCAGGACUGGGCAUGUCUUCUGCCCUCACCUGUGUAUCACAGAUGAAUCCAGCCCAAAAUGAACACUGCAAUGCUAUUUUCUUCAGGUUUUUUUAAGCCUGUUUCUUCAUUCUUCGGCUUUCAGGGGAAAUGGUUAAAAUAAUAAUUAAUUGCUAAUGUUGAUCCCCAGUAAUGCAAUAUGCUGAAGACAUGAGGUAAACAUGAGUUAAAACUGCUUUUUAACUAUUGGCUGCACAACACAAAUUAUUCUGGAAUUUAGUGCAUGAAUCUCAGAAAAUUUAUUUUACUUUUGAAUGAAAAUAUAUCUUUAAGCAAACUGCCAAUAAACAAAUACAGGGAAUUAGAUAACUCUUCUGUCUAACUACCAAGGUACCAAUGUGGUGCUGCUUGUCUUACAAACUGAAUGCUGAUAUAGAUGUCAACCAAGUAAAUUUGUGUAAAUCUGGGCAGCAUUAAAAAACAAACAAACAAACAAACAAAAACCCUACCACUUUUUUUAAUCCAAACUGCUCUUGUAACUGUGGGUAGAAAACUCUCCUGAAUUCUAUAGGACCAGCAUCUGAGCUGGUCAAAAACCCCACCCAAAUUAGUCAACCACCAUAAACAUAUUCUCAGUACCUGCUACUAACCCAAAGGGAAUGGAAGGUAAAAAUCAAGUAGUUUACACAUGAGGCUGCAUAAAUGCAUUAAGGGCCCCCUUCAGACAGGUUUUUAAAUCUGUGAUUAGUCCAACCACUGUCAGCUGGAAAACGCACAUCCUUAAGAGCCGGCUGCAUUCAGGAGUCCCCGUUAAAUGGUGUCUCAGUGAAGCCCAUCCUCAUUCUCUGCUCUUGCCGGCUCACAGUCACACUCACACCUCAAAGCCUGUGAAAGGGUUUGCUAUCUGGAUGUGCUAUUGUAUCACUAUCUUCAUUUGCUCCUUGAGUUUACCCCACAUUAUUGCAGUCACGGCACUUUUGCUGUGACAGAAAUCACUGAAACAGGGUUUCUCUGUAUUAUAUUACUUUGUUUUGCAUCAUGGUGACGGUGUAAUGUAAAAACCUUUCUAAAUAUACACUAACAUUUCAAAAAAAGUGUCAUCACAAUACAUCACAACCCUGUCAGGGCAGCUCAGUGAAUAUGUACCAUUUGUACACAGUCAGAAGGAGAGACAUACCAGGAUGUACAUCAUUAAAUGUUGAUUCAGUAAGAAUAGUAUGUUUUAUCCUUUUAAAUGUUACCACUUUCCCAUCCCACUAUUGUAACUUGUCAAUUGUAAUUUUUUUUUAAGUCAACAAACUGUAAAGAAAACUGUUGAAAUACCUGAUUUUCUGUAAAAAACAAUGACAAUAAUUUUUGUUACUUUAAAGUAUGCUUGGUAUUAAAUUACCUAAUAAAGUUCAACAAUGAAUUUUGUAGCAUACUAAAAUAAAGUGUGAUAGUGCUUUUCUCCAGCUCA